AAAAAAAAGAAUUACAUUUGCUAUAUUUCACUGCCGUGCACCGCGAGACUUCCUUUCCGGUCUAACCUGACAACAUGGACGCCUCCCGCGUGCCGCCGACCAAGCUCGCCAGAGUCACCAAGGUGCUCGGAAGAACUGGUUCCCAGGGACAAUGUACACAGGUCCGUGUUGAGUUCAUGGACGACAGCAACCGCUCCAUCAUCAGGAACGUGAAGGGCCCAGUCAGAGAAGGAGAUGUGCUGACACUUCUGGAGUCUGAAAGAGAAGCCAGGAGGCUGCGCUAGUGCCCGCUGAAGAUGUGAGGUGCGAGUCCAUUACCGUGAAGCAGAAGACUCAUCGGUUUUACUUGAAAUGGCCUACAAUCUUACUUGUUCAGAUGGUUUGAAAUAAAUUUGGUUAUUAAGAUGAC